GGCUCAAGAUCAGACAUUCCGAUUCGGCAACAGGUUUUGGUCUAUCAUAAAGGUUCGAUGGGCAUUGCCGCUUACAUGGUUUUCAUAUGUGAAUCAACGAUGUUUAGUGAAGUGUGCGUGGCACUUCAAGAUUCCAUGACUCCGUCCAGCAUUGGUGGUGACACAGAAGGUCACACGUCUUGGUUCCAGCGGGUUGAAGCUUCACACGUACUCAUCGUGAUGUAUUUCCUCGGUCGCUACGUUGGGAGGGCCACGAAAUGGAUCGACGAAUUGGUAAAGUUGUUCACCACGAGUUAUUCUACUCACACUAUUGUUUGCGAUGGUGGGCACGACAACACCCCUGCAUUCACCACCACGACACGAUUGCCGCCCGAGAAAGUAUGUUUUCGCGACGUCAGCUCAAUCGAUUCCGAGUACCAUGUGGAAACUAACAAUCGUGACAUGGCACGUGACAUGCGUUUCAUGAAACGCGUGCAAAUAGCGGGUGUGCCCUUCAACGCCUCAAACGUUUCGGAAUUGAUGUGUGUUUGCAGCAGAUUUGGGCACAGGGACGCAGCCAUGAAAUUAUUCGAUAAGAUGUUGGAUAAGGGCGCCGUUCCAAAUGCACAUACCAUUGUCAAGUCCGUGUCCGUCAAAUUCUUCAAUCUCGUCGUGGGCACCCUCGGUGACAAACGCAUUCGGGAAGCCGGGCCGCGGCUUAUUGAUUUAAUGCGAGACCAUGGGCUAUCACCGUCGGCUGCCAUCCAAAAUCGUUUGUUGCAGGCCUGGGGUAAUCUACUUCCAGAGAACAUCUUGCAGCGCUUCCUCAACAUUCGAAGUGACGGUGGUAAUCUGAGCACCUGGGCAUAUUGUCACAUCGUGGUGGCCUACGAGUUGUCCGAUCCAGCAUUCGCGUUGAAGAUUUUCGACGAGAUGGACGAGUUAGGAUAUAAAGCCGACAGGGCGGCGUACAAUGCAUUAUUGGUCGCUUGCUGUCAGCUUGGACUGCACGAUGAGGCCAAGCACUUGUUCAUGCAGAUGGCAGACCGUGCCCUGGAGCCCAAUGCAAAGUCUUACGUUACCAUGGUCAAGGUUUAUGCUUCCAGUAACGAGCCCAAGACGGCUCUUGCACUUUUCGAGACAUGCCGGGACAGAUGUUUCAAGCCCGAUCGUUUCGCCUACCACCAUGCUAUCUGUUCUUGCAUCGCGCUCCAGCGGAUUCGGUACGCUGUUGAAUUGUACAGAGGCGCUAUUCACGCAAAUAUGGUUCUCUGCACUUGCACGUACGUCGCCCUAAGCUCAGCGUGCCAGAAGAUUGGUCGUAUUGAGUUGGCAGGCAAGAUCAGGGCAGAUUUGAGGCGUAUUAGAGCAGCAGGUGCCGAGUUACCUCAGACAUACCGUGAGGUCGAAGGCGCCAUGUGGACGAGUGUCCCAGGUGAAGCGCGGUACGAUUGUCCCAUUUCCAUGGCACCGGAUUCCCAUUACAUUUCCGAGUAAUGCCCACCGACCUUAUUGUUUGAGGCACAUAUCGUAUGAGUUAGUCCUUCCUCCUUCUGGUGCCGUGGAUUGCUGAUUUCUUCGAAUGAAUUUUCCCUUGUGGAGCGGAAGCAUUCCUGAUCGGUUGUUAGGGCGGUUGUAAGUCAGGAUUCGUUGAACGAGCCACAUGUGGGCCGUCAAUGGUUGCAACCUUUCUCCCCAAUGUAUCUCUUUGUCUUUCUCCCAUUCCUCCUCCGCCCUUUCCUUGCCUUUCUACGUCUGGGACCAUGGGCCACUUGAGUCUCUCGCUCGGGGGAAGUGGCUAACAUGUUGCUAUCGGUGUAGGGCGUACUGAACGGACUCUAAACUUGAGCAGGUGUUGCACGAUCUCUGCAAACGUGCUUUCAGCAAGGGCAGACAGCUGGGCCGCAUGAAGAAUGGGUGUCAUUCCCAAUGACGUUCGACCACGCGCGACCUGACGCUUCGCCUCCUAGGGCACUUGAGUGCUGGAGGGAGGGUGGCUAUGCCCCUUAUAUUGUUGCCUCCUCCAGCCCCAGGUGUGCACACCUGCGCGGCUCCGAGCUGGCGUGCCGUUCCACGAUUCGCACCGAGGGAGACCGUGUUGUAAGCAUUUGGUUUGCUCGAAGCCGAACCGCCUCGCGCCCAAGCUCUGGGAGAGAGAGAGAGGGAGAGAG